UGAGUCCCGUCAGAACAAGACUCACUUCCGUAGCCGCAUUAGCUCCGUUAGCUCCGCGGAGAUGGCGGAUCUAAACCGUCAGCUGCAGGAGUAUCUGGCGCAGUCCAAGUCCGGGAAAAGUGCGAGUCCGUCCGGCUCCAGCACCGCGCUGGACCUCGGGGACGAGGAGCCGGUCACCGGGAGCUGGUUUGGCCGCUGGUCUGGCCGCUGGUCCAGUCCAUUUCAGCGGCGAGAGUCUCCGAGCUCCGGGAGCGGCGGCUCCUGGCCGUGGUCCACGGAUCCGGACCCGUGUUUACCUGGUCUGAGCCGGAGGCAGCGGCUCGUGGCCUUCGGGGUGUGCGCCGCCUUUUCCGCGCUGUGUUUCGGCCUGUCCGCGCUUUACGCGCCGCUGCUGCUGCUGUACGCGCGGAAGUUCGCGCUUCUAUGGUCUCUCGGGUCUCUGUUCGCCAUCGCGGCCGUGGCGAUGCUCCGCGGGCCCAGUAAACUCCUCUCCGGUCUCCCCACGUCUCCCGCGGCCGCCGCCUACCUGUGCGCCUUGGGCGGCACGCUGUACGCGGCGCUGAGCCUCCAGAGCACCGCGCUGACCGCGCUGGGCGCCGCGGUGCAGGUCGCGGUGAUCCUGUGCGCAGUGGUGUCGCUGCUGCCCGGUGGAGCCGCGGGGAUGCGCUUCAUGGGCGGUUUGGCCGCGUCCGCCAUCAAGCGUACCGUCAGCGGGAAGACCAUGCCCAUCUGACCGGGCACGGAGCCCUCGGAGCCGACGAGUGAGGGCUGAUCCCGAUAAACCACAUGGACAGAGAAUCAAGUGAACGCGUGUGGAGGAGCAGCGGGGCUUUUAUUUUACUGUGUAAAGGCAUCCGGACCACAUCCAAUGUAAAUGUUUUUUUGUAAAUUGGACUCUGACUCUAGCGCCAUCAUGCGGCAAUUUGCACAUUCCAGGAGCUAUUUUACUCUUAAUGAUUUUUGUAAAUGAUUAAAACUCUUCUUCAGAA